AUGAGAAAUAAGCUAAGCCAUUUGGUUAUUACUCAUUCCCUUAAGGAAGCAUCUUCUAAAAAAAUAUCUACUUCUAAAUUGAUAAGCUUAUCUCAAGAAAUUAUUGAUAUAUUUCCUGGUGAAAACAAACAAACAUAUAACAUACCUUAUAGAAAAGAAAAUGGUAAAGUAACUCCUACACGAGGCAAGCUUUGGGAUAAAUAUUGCAAUUUGAGGAGAGAACUUAGAAACUUAUGUACCACAAAUAAAUUACAAGAUGAAGUUGUCUCCACUAGUGUAAAUUAUAAUAAAGAAUUGACUGAAGACAAUAUAUUGUGGUUGCAAAAUAAUAUUGCACCUUGGAAUGAAGAUGAUAUACCAGCAAUCAAAAGUCCACUUGGCUUUACCUUGUUUGAAUAUGACUUUGAAUUAUUAUAUCCAGGAAAAGAUCCAAUGAUUUUAUUCAUAAAAUGUGAGCUAUUCAAAAAGAAACUUCCAGUUUAUGUACAAAAAAGCAAUUAUAAAGGAAUUGACAAGUUGGUUGUCAAUGAAAUUUUAGAGCCUACAGUACCCGGAUAUGAUAACAUUGCAGCACUUAAAACUUUUAUAGAGUUAUUUCAACCAAUUAAAGUAUCUAAAAGAUCAAUUAGUGGAAACCAAAAAAACAAAAUAUUGGAACUAAAACAGUCAUUUAUAUACUAUGUUAAUAGUACAUGUCAAUUAAAAGAAGUAAAUGAAGAUAAAAGAAAAAAGGCUCAACUAUUGGAUCAGACUCUUCAACCAGUCUUCUCAGGUUUGGUAUUUUAUUCAAAAAUAUUUUUUGAAUUAGAAACAAACUUUGAUAAAAAUUAUCAAAAUAUUAAUAAUAUCAUACACGACUUGAAUAAUUGUUAA